AUGAUAGAAGCAAGACUGAAGCAAAGGCCUUAUAUAGGAGGGAGAACUUCCAUCCUGCAGUACUUUGACCAAGAACCCCCUUUUGCCCGCCAUCUGCUUCGGAAAGAAGAAUCGAAACAGUUCUACACCUUGUGGGUGGGCACAAAUGAAGGAGCAGCUUGCCGUGGACGACUCUCUCUCUCUCAAGUCAACAACACUACCGGCAACUUUCUCGAACCAGCAACACUAGCAGCAUUGGAAGGAAGUAGCAAUUGUGCAAAGGAAAAGCAAGGCACAUCAUCUUGA